UUCGAAACCAAAUCUAAACAAACUGGUUUGGUCACAUUCUGAAGCUGGAGCAGAUCGCCCUCCAUGCCCAGUGAGUACCUGAUGACCUUCUGACCUCUCCACUGACCAUCAUGGGCAACACCGUGCAGGUCACGCACCCUUACAUUGUGGACGAGUUUGAUUCCGAUGAUGAUGAUGUCACCUAUGAGAGCGCUCCGGAAUCCCACGAGUACAACCGACUGCGUCAAAAUGGCAGCGAGGAGGACUCGGAGGAUGAUCACGCGGGUCAGGGCAGCUCCCAGACCCAGAAGUCUGAGACUGACCCGCAGCUGGGCCAGCUCCUGGAGGUGCUAGACAGCUUCAACUUUGAGGGCGCCCACAAGGCAGCUGCUGUCCUGAGGGACAGCCUGGUCAAGACUGACCAGAGCUCUCUGAAUCAGACCAGCAGUACAGAGCCCAGGUCAAGUUAUGUGGAAGUAAGCAAGGAACGGUCAACCAUCUCCGUCUCGUCAGAGGAGGACCCAGCAGUUAUCUCCCCUGGUAUCUCCAGCAACAUGAGUCUCCAGUCCUCGUUCUCAUUUUCUGACCAACACAGCGCUCACCUUUUUUCUAACCAACACAGUGCUCACCUUUUUUCCCGCAAUCAGAGUGCUUCCCCCGUUUACGAGAACGUGAGCGCCCCUCCAGUUCUUGAACACAGACACCCCACCCAAGCAGCGCAAGAUGAGCGCACCAGUCAGUCCCUGGACACCAUCUCAAACCUCCCGCUCAGCUUCUCUAACACACUCAAUCAGACAAAAACAAGCUCGUCCAAGAAAUCUGAAGAGGAGGUUAAAGCAGAAAUCCUGGCCAAACUUGACGAAGACCUCAGCCAAUUUGAGGCGGCUGAAGAAAACAUCACCAGCCAGUUGUUAAACACCACAGCCACCACCCCCAAAGUGACGUCAGUCAGCUCAAAGAGGGAGAACUCUAGCUGGAGUGAAAGUAGUGUUGAGGUUACAGGUCAGAGAGCGCCGGAGAAGCAGAGAGGGUUGUCCCCCUUUGGUCGCAGCUCCCGCUCCAGGGUGUCCGGGAUACCCAGGUACGGCGGCUCCUCCCACGGGAGUUCAUCAUCCACACGCGCCUGGGCCAGCAGCCUGUCACUGGAGUCGGAGACGGAUCGGAUGACUUUGGAUUAUUGUCCUACAGAGAGUAACGCAGUGUCCAUCCACGAGUCAACAGAUCAUCUGGGUCAAGCUCACAGACCUGGGGAGAGCACAGCAUGGGAGAUCAACAUUUCUGAACACACUGGACGAGCCAAGAAACAGACCAAGCGUUCAGGUCAGUAG